AUGUCAGUGUCGUGCCAGUUACUCAAGACCUACCCCAAAAUGGUCUGGAAGAUAUUUGAAAGUACCAUAUGCCAAGUGCAAGGAAAUAGGCUUAGAAUUGAAUGUCGGAACUGGAGUGAAACAGAAUCUUGAUUUGCAUUAACUGACUAAAGCAGUAAUGGUUGAAGUUUCGGAUUUAGGUAAGUGGAUUAGUAGAGCUCGCGAACAUGUCUGUGAUAUUCUAGAAUACAACUUUGAUCUUGUUUUGUAAAAUGAGAUACGAUAUGACAUUACAAAAUGGACAGAAGCAAGAUUAAAGGAAAUAAGGAAUAUGCAUUACAAGAGAACAAAACCUGGGUGGUUAACAGAAGUCUUUGAACUUCCUGAUCCAAAGACUCUUAAAGUGGGACAAUACUCCCUUACGUGGGCAAAAAGCUAUUUACAUAACGGUGUGUUAAAAUGUUCUGUACCUGCUGACAUCUGCAUAAAGGAUGAGCCUGUUGCGUACCUGAUAUCUCCUCAGCAUUUGAAGACUGAGAGCAUCUUUACGGAGACGGGUGUAACACAAUGUGCUGAUGAGACCGCAAUGAUUGGCCAAAUUGGCCAUGAAAAUGGACCUGCUGACAUCUGCAUAAAGAAAGAUCCUGAUCUAGACAGGUCUCCACAGCAUCUCAAGAAGGAGACCUCCACUGAGACAGACAUAACAAUGUGUGCUGAUGAAACGGCACACAAACUUGUAAUACUCCAAUCCCUGAAAGUGCCCACAAUGGAGGAAUUAUUGGCGUACCUCUACCCUCUCUGUAAGGAAAAAGAACUUGAACUUGAUGUGAAAUCAAAAUGUGGGAAAAAAAUAUCAACUUGACUUGCAUCUAUUGACCAGAGACGUAAUGGUUGAAGUGGCUGAUUUUGCUUCACAAGUGUGUGGAACUUAAAAGCAGAUUGUCUGUGAUGUUCUUGAGCAUAAUUUUUAUCUGGAUUUACAGUGGGAAAACUGAGCUGGCUCAAGAUAUUAUGCAUUUGUUAGGUACAGUUAGAAAAAACGUUUGCUGUGCAGGACAGGUGGCCUAAAAUGUCAAAGGAGAUGUGAAUUUGAAAAGGAAGCUUUCUUAAAGAAGUUAUGCAAAAUAAAGGAUCCUGCAGAGAUUUCCAGUCACCAAAAAGGUCACUACAGCAUUACUUGUGCCAAAAUACCAAAGAUUGAAAGAAGUAACACGAAGAAGAAAAUUGGAUUUAAUGAGGAUUUUUUAUAUUUGCUAUAGUGACGAAAGGAGUCAAAUUUCUGAAAGUCAGACAAGCAGAACCACAUUGUGUAAAGAAAGGAGCAUCUCUGAUGAGACUGACCAUGCACUUAGUGCUGAAGAAACAAAUAACAAUUUUACCGACUAAUUCUAAUAAAAUGUGA